AUGGUAAUCACUCAAUCCAACAUCAAUCCGGCGAUUCAUUUCGCCUCCUCCACCAUCUGCCGCAGUCGACACCACCUCCUCCGUAACUGCUUCUCGCUCCCACGCGCCGCCGCAUUUGGCCGCUCGCUCACCCUGAACACCUCCACGACAAGAACCCGAGCCUUCUCAACCAACGAUACUCAAGAUGAAAUAAUCGCUGAUGUCGAGAAACUACCGAACAAACCGCCUAUAUGCACCGCCGACGAGCUCCACUACGUCUCCGUCAACAAUUCCGGCUGGCGCCUCGCCCUCUGGCGCUACACUCCCUCUCCUCAGGCACCGCCACGUAAUCAUCCUCUGCUGCUGUUGUCUGGUGUGGGAACAAAUGCCAUUGGAUAUGAUCUUUCUCCUGGGUCUUCAUUUGCCCGUUACAUGUGUGGUCAAGGAUUUGAUACUUGGAUUCUCGAAGUUCGAGGAGCUGGAUUGAGCAUGCAUGGAUCAGAUACUAAAGAUGUUGAGAAAUCAGCUCAUGCAAUGUCUGAAUUCAUGGAAGCUGCAGUUGAAAAUGUAACCAAUGGGCUUCCUCCCGGAGAGCAGCAGUCAACCAAUACCCAGAAUGCCUUGGAAAAAGCUGAGAUAGCUGCAGUCAAUAAAGAACCAACAGGGAUUGCAACAGCAUGGGAUGAAUCAAAAUUGGUGACAAAAUUGACAGAAACAUUUAUGCGCUUAUCUGAAAGACUCUCUGGCUUUCUCAGUGAAAGUCAAUUCAACAUAAUGUCUGCUAAAUUUUUUGAUCAAAUAUCAAGACUCUUAGAGGAUUCGUUCAUUUUUGAACGCUUUAUUGAGGUAAGGGGGAAAUUACUGAGUUUGCUGGAAACAAGGCAGAACUCUGCUGUUGCUGGCCAAAUUAGGGAUCUAAGUAGAAAACUAGUAGAUAUUAUUGAAGAAGGUCAGCUUUCUGUUUCACCUCAGUUGUUUGAUCUGCAAGAGCGACUAAUUACUACCAUAGAAGAUUUCCAGAAGCAAUUGGAUUUGAUUAUCAAAUAUGAUUGGGACUUCGAUCAUUACCUUGAAGAAGAUGUUCCUGCUGCGAUGGAAUACAUAAGGGCCCAAAGCAAACCUAAGGAUGGUCGAUUGCUUGCAAUUGGACAUUCAAUGGGUGGUAUCUUGCUAUAUGCGAUGCUGUCACGAUAUGGUUUCAAAGGAAGAGAUCCCAAAUUGGCAGCUAUUGUAACAUUAGCGUCAUCACUUGACUACACAUCUUCUAAAUCAUCACUCAAACUACUCCUACCCCUUGCUGAUCCUGCACAGGCUCUCAAUGUUCCUGUUGUUCCAUUAGGAGCAUUACUGUCUGCAGCUUAUCCUCUAUCGUCUCGUCCACCUUAUGUCUUAUCAUGGCUCAAUGACCUAAUAUCAGCACAGGAUAUGAUGCAUCCAGAGCUGUUGAAGAAGCUUGUUCUAAACAACUUUUGUACUAUUCCUGCUAAACUUUUACUGCAGCUGACAACUGCUUUUCGUGAGGGGGGACUCCGUGAUAGAAGUGGUAAAUUUUUCUACAAGGAUCACCUUCACAAAAGUAAUGUACCUGUCCUAGCACUUGCUGGAGAUCGUGACUUAAUUUGUCCUCCAGAAGCUGUAUAUGAAACGGUGAAACUCAUUCCCAAUCAUUUGGUUACAUAUAAAGUAUUUGGGGAGCGUGAUGGUCCACAUUAUGCUCAUUAUGAUUUGGUGGGAGGACAAAUGGCCGUGGAACAAUUAUACCCUUGUGUAGUCCAACAUCUAAGCGAUUAUGACAGUACUUAA